GCACUUCUCGCUGAGACGGACUAGCUCCAAAUGCGGCUCCUGGACCACGAGAGACAAGCUGACCAUGAAAUUCGCCUGGACAGCUAAAAUGAGCUCAGUGCAGGACUGGGGGGAGGAAGUGGAAGAGGGGGCCAUUUACAAUGUGACACUGAAGAGGGUCCAAAUCCAGCAAGCGGCCAAUAAGGGGGCGAGAUGGCUGGGGGUGGAGGGGGACCGCUUGCCCCCCGGCCACACGGUCAGCCGGCUGGACACCUGUAAGAUCCGCAGCAUCCGCGCCGGCACGCUGGAGCGGCUGGUGGAGACGCUGCUCACCGCGUUUGAGGAUAACGACCUCACCUACACCAGCGUCUUCCUGUACACCUACCGCACCUUCGCCAGCACGCAGACCGUGCUGGAGCUGCUGCUCGCCAGGUAUGGGCGUGUAGAGGAGAAUAAAGGGGAGGAGCCUAGCCCCUCAGACUCCAGGAGAGGAGUUCGAAAUGCUCUGGCCUCUAUCCUGAGAGCCUGGCUGGAUCACUGUCCAGAUGACUUCCAGGAGCCUCCCUCAUACCCAAGCUUGCACAGGGUGCUGAACUUCCUGCAGAGGGCGCUGCCGGGCUCAGAGCCCCUACGAAAGGCACAGAACCUGCUGGAACACCUGCAGGAUCAGGCCCGUGUGCACUCUGAGCCUGAGGGUAGUAUCCAUGGUAACAGUCCCUUCUGCCUCGGGGAGGAAGAGGAGGUGGAGAUCGAGCAGGAGGACUUCCUGUCGUUUGACACAGAUCUGGUGGCUGAGCAGCUGACCUACAUGGAUGCAGAGCUGUUCAGGAAGGUAAUCCCGCACCAGUGCCUGGGCUCCAUCUGGUCGCAGCGCGACAGGAAGCCGACCGCACCCACCAUCCGCGCCACCAUCACGCAGUUCAACGCUGUCGCCGCCUGUGUGGUCAGCACUGUGCUGCACAGACGCCAGCUCCGCCCACACCUGCGUGCACGCAUCAUCCAGCGCUGGAUUGACAUCGCCCAGGAGUGUCGGAUCCGUAAGAACUUCUCGUCCCUCAGAGCCAUCAUCUCAGCCCUGCAGUCAAACCCCCUGUACCGCCUGAAGAAGACCUGGGCUUGUGUGCACAAGGACGGCAUGCAGACAUUUGAGGAGCUGUCAGAGAUCUUCUCCGACCAGAAUAACUACCUUACCAGCCGAGAGCUGCUGAUGAAGGAAGGCACCUCUAAAUUCGCCAGUCUGGAGAGCUGCGCCAAGGAGCACCAGAAACGCACCCACAAGAGACUGCAGCUACAGAAGGACACGGGCGCAAUGCAGGGAACCAUCCCCUACCUGGGAACCUUCCUCACAGACCUGACCAUGCUGGACACAGCACUGCCUGACCUGGUGGAGGGCGGUCUAAUAAACUUUGAGAAGAGAAGGAGGGAGUUUGAGGUGAUUGCACAGAUCAAGCUGCUCCAGUCUGCAUGUAACAGUUACUGCCUGACCCCUGACCCUGUCUUCCUGCGCUGGUUCAACAGCCAACCACAGCUCAGCGAGGAAGAGAGCUACACCCUUUCAUGUGAAAUCGAGGGUGUGGGAGACAGCAGUCCGACCUCUCCCAAAGCCUGCCAGAGCGUGGUUAAGAGGCUGAGUCUACUGUUCCUGGGUGCGGAUCCUGUGACAGUGAAUUCUCCAGUGAAGGACAGCCCACGGUCGCCCCCUGCUGGUAGCUCGGGGGAGAGCGUGGACUCGGUCAGCAUGUCGUCGAGCGAGUCUCUCCUGUCGGACGGCGAGGGCCUGACCCCGACACAGGCCCCUGAUGGCACGCAGAAGAAGCCGUCAGAUUCACCCUCGUGCUGCUCCCUGCCCUUGACGGACACGUCUUCAUCCGCCAGCACACCGCUGACUCCCUCCUCUCCCUCCCCGCCCGGCCCUCCCUCUGGCCACCACCCCACCCCCUGCUCGUCCCCUGCCCCGCCCAUGUCGCCCCGCCUCCUGCCUGCCUACAACACACAGGCCCGGGAUGCCUGCAUCAUCCGGGUCAGUCUGGAGCACAGCAACGGCAACCUCUACAAGAGCAUCAUGGUGACCAACCAGGACAAAACCCCUGCUGUCAUCUCACGAGCCAUGGCCAAACACCACCUGAAGGGGGAGCCAGUGGACAAAUAUGAGCUUGUGCAGGUCAUCUCUGAGGAGAAGGAGCUGGUUGUCCCGGACAACGCCAACGUGUUCUACGCCAUGAACACCUCGGCCAACUUCGACUUCCUGCUCCGUCUGCGCGGCUCCCCUGACCGGCCUGUCCAACUGCGCAAUCGCUGCAGCUGCACCCUCUCCUGCACGUCUCAGCACAGCGGUUCAGCGGAGAGACUCAGCAAGGUCACUCUGUGACCCCAGAGAUGUGUGUAUGUAUGUAUGUAUGUGUGUGUGUGUGUGGGCUCUGGCUAUGGAACUGACAAACUCGCUGUCAUCAAUCUAUGAUAAUGACAUGAAUAUAUUGAUGUUAGUGUAAAGACCAGUGGAUCUGAGCAGUGGCUGCUCUAAACCGAUGCCCAUGAACAAGCAGUCAUCUCUCUCCACAUUCUGACAGUACCCCCUCCAUGCUCCUCUGCACAGACAGGCUUCCCUUUCAGUAAAGCCACUCAAACAGGCUGCCCUACCAGCAAAGCUGAGGGACAGGCUGCCCUUUCAGCAUAGCUGUACAGACAGGUUGCCCUAUUAGCAAAGCCACUCAAAAAGGCUGCCCUAUCAAAACAAAGCUGAGGGACGGGCUGCCCUAUCAAAACAAAGCUGAGGGACGGGCUGCCCUAUCAGCAGAUGUAAGGCACAGGAUGCCCUACCAGCAAAGCUGUGCGGACAGGCUGCCCUAUCAGCAGAGCUGAUGGGCAGGUCACUGUCUACAUCCCAACCCUCACUGUGAGGAGGUGAUUUGCACACACAGGAAAAGAGCUGCUUCUCUCCUCCAUUUGUACUUUUAUUCAACCUCUUCCAUCCUCUCCUUUCCUCUGUUUUUUUUUUCCCAGCGAAGGAGAAUGGGUGCAGGAGAUGAGGAUGUGGCUGCUUUCAGCAUUGUUGCGUUUAUUAAUGGUGACUGGACUCUUGUGUCAGCAUAAUAUCGCAGCCUCUCUCCCAGCAUCCUUUGUGCACUACUGCGUACCAAGUGCGCUGUAAAUGUAUUCUCACUGGCUCCAAAGGGCCCAUGACGCUUCCUCCCAUAUCCCAUUGGUUCAUUAUCCUUUCUCACAUCUUGGGAGUUUCUGACUGGACAUGAUACCAGCCUGCCCCUGUUAUCCAAUAGAGUUGCUCUUGAUAGCAGGUGGGCAGAGACAGAGACAGAGGAUAUGAAUCACAAGGUUUGAGGAUCUUUGUGCCCACCAUUCCAUCACCAGAUAAAAUAUUAUUUUUGUUUGUUGGACAUGUUAAUUUUGUAACACCUUGCAGAAAAAAAAACAAAUAAAAAAUGAAUAUAGAGAAGGGAACCUCAGAAACAGAGGAUGGUGUUUUCGUUAUUAGCGCUGAACUGUGUUCAAGGCAAUCACUAAUACCAUUCAAGGUUCU